AUAUCAGCAAAACAACUGUCUCAGCAAAGUCUUGGCAUCAUUUUAUACCAUACUGAACCUUACCUCUUUACUCAAUAAUCCGCAGCACUAAAAAGUGACCAGAAGAAUAUUGGAGAAUAAAGAUAGCCAGCUACAACAACCACUCGCAGUUAUGCUUUUAUACUCCACUAUUUCUGUAUACCGCACACGGCUUGCUCAAGAAUGGCCUCGAUUAGUUGUUGCUCUCGUAUCCGUUUAUGGGAUAUGCUAUUCCAUCAGCACCAUACAAACUAGCAAUAACGAGAUCCAUAAAUUCGAACAGCUGAAUGACUUGUCACGUUUUUCUUUUCAUAAACCAUCACCGACGUUCAAUCCAGUAUCUAUUGCCUACGAAUCCUCACAAUUGGCAUUCAGCUCUAGCAUCGAAGCCAGAAAGGCAGAGCCUUCAACUGGUGCUGACACUGACGACAGCAGUAGCCGUAGAGGACGUAGACCCAAUCCAGGCACCAAUUCUCAACAUCAAUCUGAGUUCAGCAAAAAGAAUAACGCUGGUGUUAGCAGCAAUAAGAAUAACUCUCCACAAAGAAGCCCAACAUCGACAAAAGAAACAAGGGGUAACUUCAAGAAGAAUGGAUUCCGGAACUUCCAUUCACUAUUGCCCCUGGUCAGUCAAAUGCUCUUGGUACGCAACCCAGAUCUCGUGAAUUUUGACUAUGAAGGUACAGAGCUGGUAAUUGUCUAUACUCUUCUCGUCAUGUCCUCGCUAUCAAUCAUUGACAAUGCUAUUGGGCUCAUGGUGGCGACUCGACGGUCAUUACGAUUGACUCAGGUGGCAUUUGCGAUAUGGUGUCUACGGUUCUUAUUCCGUAUCCUAUCAUUGGUCUCCAUCCUAUUUAUGCUGACAGCUGGAACAAAGUUUCGGAAGUUCCUAUUGUCCUCAAAUAUAGGGUUCCAUGGCGGUGAUAGCAAUGGUUUGGAUGAUCUGGAUGCUUUGGAUGGUGAUAGCGCUGAUAGUAAUGGUAACAUAGAGGCGUCCAGAAUGAUCAUACUCACAACCCUAGAAGUUAUCAUUGCUGCUGUUCAUGGAUGGUCGCUUUUGGUGUUGAUUCGAGAUCUUAGGAACCAACCUCGACCUAGAACAAUUGUUAGUCAGAUAUGGGUCUGGUUCUGUGAGACUAGAUGGGGUCAACACUUAGGUAUAGGUCGAUGGAUCGGAGCAAGUUAUGAUAAUUUUGAUAGCAUAAGCGGUAUUAUUAGUAACAAUGGCAACGGAGGUGGUGAAACUGGAAGCAUCUAUAGCCUUGAUGCUAGCCACGGUGGCAGUGGAGUUCGUAACGGUCUCCUCAGUAGCGCAAGUAGUAUCUAUAGCAUAGCAGUCUCUCCACCUGAAAUGGCAGGUGUUGUUGCGGUGACUCGAUCGCGAGCAUCGAGUAUAUGUAGCUUCAACAGUGUUGAGAAAACGUAGUUUAUAUUAUGUUUAUUAGAGCGUCCACUUUUUUUAAUCAAAAUACUCAUUCAUUUGCCCUCAGAGUAGAAUAUUU